UGAACUGUAAUCUAAGUGAUUUUCUAUCGUUUCCAUAUAGAAAUUUCAGUGUCGAUGCGCGUUAUUAUUUUUCGGUGACUUUUUACGGUUUUCCGUGUGUGAGGAAGUGGCUAUGAACGCGAUAGAGAUGGAACAAUGAAGCAGACGACUGAGGUCAACGACGGUUGUCAAGAAGAUGCCGGUGAACCUCUCGAACAUGGGAAAUGCGUGCUUGUUGGAGACUAUCGCGUUGUAAUCAGCCUCUCGAGGAUGGGUUCCCGACGGGCCGGGUCGAACGGGGGUCGUUCAAACGCUGGCGUUUCAAAGGAACGCGCCAACAUGUCUUUCAUGUUGGUGGUGAUGUUCUUUGCGGUGUUUGGGCUGAUCGUCCUCACGGAGAUAUUCCUGAUCGACGAGAGACGUGGUGUAGGUGUAGGGGGCACGGGAACUCUAGGAGGUCACAGGAGCGGGCAUCGAUUGCCUGCUGCGCCCGAUCGGCCCGAUUAUGGAGAAAUAGGAGCUGAAGAUUAUAUCGGAUUGAAGGGUAGCUUUGACGAUCAUAUUGGAUUACUUGUGCACGGAGAAGACGGAGGGCAAAAGACCGCGAUACAACCCGACCCGAGAGGUUUACCAAGCUUACCACCAAACUUAGAAGCUCGUCUACCUCAACUCGAUCAGAGCGUGAGGAUCACGGACGCCGAAUGGUUACCAGUCACGAAAACCAGGUUCAAAUUUUUCGUAUAUUCAGCAUACUUCGACGACAGGGUCGGUGGUGUUAAAAAUCAGGGCAUGGUGCGCAUUAUAAGCGCGACAAAGACAAGAGGACCGGAACGCGUGUGGUGUAGGUUUUGGUACCAAACGGAGAAUGGUGGAAACGUCACCGCUUCCCUAACGGUAACCGCUAAAGUGAAGGUUAUCAGAGAGAAUUGGAAUUUGAAAUACAGCGCCUGUUUCGUGAUCUGCCCACUGCCUAAGGAAUCGCCCGCUAGUGAUAGAGUACCGGAAACGGUGAGUGUCGUGGCCAGGCUGAAAGCAGUCCCGACCAAUCGCAUUCUUGUCCAAAACCGGCCAGAAUCCAGGACGGAAAACAAGGAACUGCUGGCCAUUUGCGUGAAGCCUCUGCACUACGAUUACAACAGAGUGCUGCAACUUGUGGAGUUUAUCGAGCUGUAUGGGCUACUUGGCGCGACGCAUGUGACUCUUUACAAUGACACAGUUGGUACGGAGGCCGGAUGCGCACUGAAGUAUUACGAAGCGAAAGGUCUCGUGACCGUGCUACCCUGGCAUCAUUUAGACAUGGUCUCGCAGCGUGAAAUUCGAACGGAGGGAUUGUUCGCUGCUCUGAAUGAUUGCCUUUAUCGAUCCAUGUACAAAUACGAGUAUGUGGCAUUGGUGGAUCUCGACGAGUUCAUUAUACCAAGGCACAAUGACACAACCAUUGAUCUCAUAAGGUGGAUGAGCAGUCGCAUAAACACCAAGUCCACCGGAGCGUAUUCGUUCCAGAACGCUUUCUUUUACCUUCAGUGGGCCGAUGAUCCGUUCAUAGUGACCAGUCGAACGCCUAUCGAGGCUGGCCUAAUCACACUGAGGAAGACGAGACGCAGGGCGAAGCUACAUCCACACAAGCAGCGCUCGAAGUAUAUAUGCAGACCUCAAAACGUAGUCGAAGCCGGCAAUCAUUUCGUCUGGGAGUUUAUUCCAGGCCACGGGACUCUGAACGUGCCCUCGGAAGCUGCGAUCCUCCAUCACUAUCGGGUCUGCGAAUUCGGUGGCGAUGACUGUAUAAAGACCCAAUCAGUGGUCGACAGAACGGCCUACAAAUACAAGAACCAACUGACCGAGAGCGUCAGGAAAACGUGGAUGGAUCUGAGCACCGAAUGCUUGCUGCCGAAACUGGAACCAGCGCCGAUGAUAACGCAACGAAUGAAGACAGGACCCGUGUCCAAGUCGGCCAGGUAGCAGAAGACCAUCGUCGACGUCCUCUGGGAUAUCAGUAACUUCACCGGCACCCCAAAAGUGGCUAGAACUUAUUUCUACAACUACGGUGGCCCUUAGCUUUUCAGUGGAAAUCGCUUCUUCACGUCAGAAUCUCCACGUUAGAAUCUCCACGUUCAGUCUACGUCAGAAUCUAUCGCGGGCUGCCUUCGUCAAUUCUUUCUAUCUUUCACGGUUCACCCUGCACAAGUCUCGUUCAUGAGAACGGUGUUUGCCAUGGAGCCGAGUGACAAGGGUAUCCCUCGACGCUCAUUGAUAAGCUGACAAAUGAUAUUUUUCUACGUGAGAAGGACUCACGAUCGACCGGGAAAGUACCUAAAACACAACACCGCUUUCCCGCUCGAUCACCCAUCUCUUACGCUAUGGUGCUUCUUUCACAAUUUUAUAUCUUAUAUGUAAUUAUUACCUACAAGUCUGUUUCCGUUCUGAAUGGAUCCGAUCUGCGGUAGGUUCCGUGGAUGUUAUUACAUAAGGCCUACAGCCUCGGCCUACAUUGUCGGCUAUAACUUGAGAUUUGAUAAUUAAUACCGUUGUCUCGUUGGCACAUUCUUGUCGAACACACCUGUAAGUCCGCACAAUGUAUUUACAAAACGUAGGCAUAUCUAUAGGAGAUCAAUACUCAGCCGUAGUUCGUAUAUGUAUAAUAUGUAUCUAGGACAUCCAGUAUCUAAUCUAUAGCGAACGCGUAGGGCGUGUGACAUUUUUAAAAUCUAGCGAUUUAUAUCCGACGAAUUGUUUGCGUUGCGAGGAACCCUAUUAAAAAGGAAAAUUUUGAUGAAACUUUACAAGAGGAUACGUUUGUAUUCUUCGGAUAACAUCACUGUUUGAACAACGCUUCGUAGGGAUCUUCAUUUCUAACAAAACUCUUAGAUUCUGGCAACUGGAAUAAGGGUGACAUUUAAUGAUAUCAAGAAAGGUUUUUCUGGUCCUCCGAUGAAAGCACCAUUAUACAUUUUUGGCACGAUUAACACGUUUUGCAGCUUUAUGGGGAUUUAUGUGUUUUGAACAUAAAGUCUCUAGAAUUUAUGUUGUACCUAUACAUUACUGUGUACCUGUAUACCUGUAAAGUUUCAUCAUGAUUUGUUAGUUGAGGCACAGAUUUCGUUCGCCUUCGUCUUGAAUUAAGUCACACCUAUGUUACCUUCUUCUGUUAUCUAUCAGGGAACAUUUGUUAUAGCCUAGUGAAAGUACCCUUACACGAGCAUUACAGUAAAGCUCCGUUGUACGUUCAAACGUCGGAUCCGUUUUGGACCUUAUAUCGGUCCAAGUCGAUGCGUUUUGCAACGUCAUAAAUUCUAGGUCGGGCUUCCGCAGCUCGCGCCUUUGCACUUUGCCGACAGCGAUGGUGGUAGAAUAGGACAGCAAUUAAAAUAGGAAAAGGCACAGAGCGUCGAGGUAGCCAACAAAAGUUUAAAUGCCCGCGUAUCGAUGAGAGAACAUUAAUGCUGCGAUAAUACUUUUUUACUUUUUUAGUUCUUUGUUAAUGAAAAUUCUGUUAACAUAUUGAAGAGAUUUUUCUGAUUAAAAUGAGACACCAAACACGAUAUACAGUAAAAGCUCUAUGAGAGUCUGAAACUCUGGACCGCUUCAAAACUUCCACGGUGCACCGCAAAUCGUUUCAACACUUCUUCAUAAAUCUAUUUUUUGACCGACGUCUGAGCCUCGGCAACAAAGCGAGA